AUGCCUUUCGCAGCGGGUCUUGAGCAGUUCGGGGCGCUCGGCGAUCUCGACUGGGAUGAGGAGUUCGAGGAUCUUGUUUCCACUGGGCCUACCAUUGAGGAUAACUUGGACGCUGACGACGCAAUAUGCACUACGGACAUGUCUACCAGGACGACUGAGAGCGAGCUGUUCUCCCUCGAGGGCGACUUCGACACCAACCUGGACAUCGUGGAGCCUUACCAGCUGGCACCCACCGACGAGGUCAUGUCCGCCGAAGAUACAAUCAUGGAGCACACCAUCCACCCCGCUUCUCCUUGUGCUGAGUCUCCAGUCCCGCUUCCACUCGAGGAAGAACAUCCCAACACUUCAAGCGCCAGCCAGACCUUCCACCCUGGUUGGUCCGAAGAGACACCUUCUUGGUACCGGCACACCGCUACCUCCCCUCAAGUCGCCCGCUGGGCCGUGUCCCCUAGCAUCUUCAAUGAUAUCACUUGGACGAUGAACGCCUGCAAGAACGAUGUGGUGGAUAACAACAUUCCUCGCGUUAGUUCAUGCCUGCUGCGUGCUAUUCAGCAUGUCUACACCGUCCCCUUGGAUGCUGGGAUUGGCUACCCUUAUGGAGCCUAUGGCGAGAAGUUCUACGAGCGUUGCCUCGGGCCAAUCUACCUCUUUCCUCGUGGUGCAAUAGGCCUCAAGGAGCCUACUGACCCGGAUGUCCCGAAGGACGUCUACGUGCCUAACGGCAUCAAAGUCCACCCGCCGUCAGCCGAUGGCCAGGCAUUCUAUCCUCGCCCCUCGCCCCUGCGCUACGUCGCCAACAUUGAUGAUGACCAACCUCCGAAAUCUUUCCAGUCAGCUCCGUCCCUGGUAUUCCUGUCGGGUGAGAACUACCUCGAUGAGAAUGUUGAGAUGGUCGAUAUCGAGAUGGGCCAGCCCAUGGAGACCGAGGAAAUCACAAUCCAGGAGUACGAGCAAGAGAGCGAGCAAGAUGGUGGUGAGGAGACUGAGUUCUCGCCUGAGGAGAUCACCGAGUUCUCCUCCGAGGAUAUUGUCGACUUCGCCUCUGAGGAGCUUAUCGAGGCUCAAUUCGAAAUCGAAAUCAAUGGUGGCACCCUCCCCUCAGAUAUCGUUGACGAAGAUGAUGUCGAGUGCUUCUAUGCCUCCAGCGAAGAAUCGCGCUCUUGGCCCAGUUCCCCUCCAUUGCCCUCCCGCGAGCAUGGUUCUCCGUUCACCAUAUACGAAGAUGAAACGACCUGCGAUCUGCCCGAACUUGCUUUGCCACCCCACUGCAAGAUUCCUGGACUCGAACUCACUCAGGAUUUGGACGAGGGUUAUGGCGAGUGCGGCCAUGAGCUUCCUGAAUUGGACGAUAUCACCACCACGCUGAACGGCAGUGAGAUCGAUGAAGCCAUCUCUCGCCUUGAGAGUAUGAGCCUGGUGUCCCUCGGUGACCUUUUGGAGUUCAAGCGCGAGUCUGAUGUCUCCUGCACAGAAUACGCUCCUUCAACCGGCGGUAUUCCCAGCACCAUCUUGCCAGAGGCUCUUGGGAAGGGAGCUGAUGGCAGCUUCGAUCUGACUCAUCCUUCCCCACUGGAUGUUGAUCUCUCCAGCGUCCAGGGAGCUCAAGUUGUUGGUCAUCUCAACUCCACAGUCAACACUGAUUCUGGUGACGCUGCAUUUGUCGUAACUUCUGAUCAAGAACUUGCUCAGAAGUUUCACUCUAAGGGCCUCCAGGGCUCUUCUCAAGUCGUUGAGGGAGGCGUCGGCAUCGCCACCGUUGUCGGAGCAGUCUGCCAUACGAUUUGGUCGAUUUGCAGCGCCAACCCUCUGUCAGUCUUCUUAUUCUAA